AAGGGGGAAUUUAUUUGUUUGGGGGGUGUUCGACCGGGCUAUGCAUACAGAGUCUGGCGUAAUCGAGAUCUCUGCGAGAGAGUAGUAGAUCGCAGACAGUGUAGAUCGCAGACCAGGAGAGAGGAGUGCAGGAGAUCCUAGCCGAUUCUACCACACAGUCGGGCUUGGACCUUGGUUGAAGAGGCUAGUUCCAUUUCAAAGUGGCACCGCCCGCGUUGUAUCCUGUUCGUAGCCAGGUAGCUGUGAAGAGGAUGCGAACCCAUCGUCCGAUAUUGCUUCUUGCUUUUGGUAUAGGGCUGAAAUUCUUCGGCAAAUGGCACACAUGGAGUCGGGGGCGAGCGGCUGCCAAGAAGGCGCGCUGUACCCCCUUGCGAGCAUGUACGAGGUUGCCCGAAAUGCCGCCUGCCGUUUGGUAGAUUGGAAGAAGACCCUUGGACCAAAGCAGCCCGGAGAAUCGGCGCGCAGUCCCAGACUGACGGCCGGUGGCAUGAAGCAAGAUCGACUUCGGACCAAGUGUCACGUGACGCAAACGUGACGAAAUUGCCAAUUUGCGCCCUCGGCCCGACCUCUUGGCUAGAAAUGACUCCCCCGAUGCUCGGUUUGAACAUCUCGCAAGCUGGCGUCGCUCGCAUAACUGUGACAGGGCGAUCCUCCCCUCGACGGAAGGGAGAUCCAGAGCAGCUCCUGCUCUGCCCGCCGCCUGGCUGUUUGGCGACAGCAGAAGCCCGCGCAACUGCGUGGGUCCGCGCCACAGGUAGAGACGUUGAGCUUGGCAAUGAUUUGGUUGUCGUUCGGUCACGGGGCCUGGCGAGGUAGGAGCAGUGCCGAUGCGGCGAAUAGUCGUGCUUAGCUUCCUAGGCACCCGCAAAUGUGCCCUCAACGCGAUGCGUCGGCCGGCGGCGCGAGAGGAGCGCCGUGCGGCCCCGUCGGUGCGCCGCGCUGUCGCUCCGCCGCUAGCCGAGCCAAGGCACGCCAUCGCCAUCGGGGUGGCGAUGGAUGCGUGCUGGCGAGGGUCGGGGCGGCGGUCCUGACGCGCCGCUGCGUGGCCGCAGUGGCGCGCUCGACGCCGUGCGUCGAGUAGAGGAGCCGCGACGAGGGCGAGGCCGCCCUGUCGCCGCGUGGCGAGCCAGGCCUGUCCGCCGAGCCGCUGCGAGCCGCUCGCCCGUGAGGCGGCGUCGGCAGCGUGUGCAGCUGGCGAGGCGGUGGCCGCAUUCGGCUCUCUCCUGGGCAUCCGCCGCGUAAGCGCGGUGGUGCUGCCGACGCGAUGCGUCGGCUGGCGGCGCGAGACGAGCGCCGUGCCGCUCCGUCGGUGCGCCGCGCUGUUACUCCGCCGCUAGCCGAGCCAAGGCACGCCAUCGCCAUCGGGGUGGCGACGGAUGCGUGCUGGCGAGGGGCGGCGGGCGGGGCGGCGGUCCUGACGCGCCGCUGCGUGGCCGCAGUGGCGCGCUCGACGCCGUGCGUCGAGUAGAGGAGCCGCGACGAGGGCGAGGCCGCCCUGUCGCCGCGUAGCGAGCCGGGCCUGUCCGCCGAGCCGCUGCGAGCCGCUCGCCCGUGAGGCGGCGUCGGCAGCGUGUGCAGCUGGCGAGGCGGUGGCCGCAUUCGGCUCUCUCCUGGGCAUCCGCCGCGUAAGCGCGGUGGUGCUGCCGACGCGAUGCGUCGGUUGGCGGCGCGGGACGAGCGCCGUGCCGCUCCGUCGGUGCGCCGCGCUGUUGCUCCGCCGCUAGCCGAGCCAAGGCACGCCAUCGCCAUCGGGGUGGCGACGGAUGUGUGCUGGCGAGGGUCGGGGCGGCAGUCCUGACGCGCCGCUGCGUGGCCGCAGUGGCGCGCUCGACGCCGCGCGUCGAGUAGAGGAGCCGCGACGAGGGCGAGGCCGCCCUGUCGCCGCGUAGCGAGCCGGGCCUGUCCGCCGAGCCGCUGCGAGCCGCUCGCCCGUGAGGCGGCGUCGGCAGCGUGUGCAGCUGGCGAGGCGGUGGCCGCAUUCGGCUCUCUCCUGGGCAUCCGCCGCGUGAGCGCGGUGGUGCUGCCGACGCGAUGCGUCGGCUGGCGGCGCGAGACGAGCGCCGUGCAGCUCCGUCGGCGCGCCGCGCUGUUGCCCCGCCGCUAGCCGAGCCAAGGCACGCCAUCGCCAUCGGGUUGGCGACGGAUGCGUGCUGGCGAGGGAGGCGGGCCUUAUGCGCGACUCAUUGCGCAUCCGUUCCUGGGGGCGGCAUCACAAGCGCUGCUGGGCUGCCGGGUUGGUCCUCGAGCCUCUGCUGUCACCAGUCGAAGCGGUGUCGGCGUCGAAGCGAGCCGAGGACCGCCGCGGCUCGGCAAACAGGGCGCCGUGUGUCGCCGCCUCGUCUUUCUUCUUUUCGCGAGAGAGCGGGAGCGUGAGCACGCGAGGCGUGGCGAGGACGCCUGAGGGGGACUGCCCGCAGGACAGCGGCGUCGCGUGUCCAUG